AUGGCUGAAAAUCUGUUAAAUAAUAGACUUUUGUUUCCGUGGUUUCAUUCCGACGAGUUGGAUACUGUCGACUGCUCAUAUAAGAAGCUGAAUUUCUGUCAAUUCAGCUGCCAAAAUCUACCAGCGUUAAUUAAAAUCAGGGAUUUGGUGAACUCGUUAACAUUGUUAAAUGCAUUUUCGAUGGAGGCGAAGCAAGUUGAAAUCAUGCGCAAGUUCUCCGCCACACCAAAAUACGGGAGAAUUUCGAAAAUGGCAAAAAUGUGGAGAGUGUUAGAUGAAACUGAUCGGAAGCCUGUCGCUGUCUUGAAUGAAUAUCAGUUGCACAAUUUCCUGAUUAACAAAAAGACAACUGAUUAA